AUAUACUGUGGAUUGACUGUUAGUAGGUGGAGCUAACAGCUAGCAGUAUUUGUUCUGUUCCUUCAGUUUUUUUUUUUUCAUUUCUUCGAACAGCCAAAGAUUUUUUAUCAUUUUUUUAUGCCUCUGAAAGACUCAAGUGAUGCAUGAUGACUGGAGGCAAAGUCAUUUUAACAUACAAGCGUCAGAGGACACCGCAUUGGAUUGCAUACAAGCGUAAGAAGCCUCCAUCAAGGAAGGAUUUUUCUUGGAAUAACGAGAGUCCUGAUACAUCAGCAAGGUGCCCCAGUUGUAAUGGCUCAACUACGACUGAAAAGAAAGGGGAAUCAAAUGAAAGCAAUAAUUCAGAAUGCCCAAGUUAUAAUGCCUCAACUACAGCAAAAGAGCAUGAGGAAUCAACUCAAGGCAAUUAUUCAGAAUGCCCAAGUAAUGAUCCCUCCAUUAAGGCUGAAAAGCUAGAGGAGUCUACUGAAGGCAAUAUAUUAGAAUGCCCAAGUACUGAUGUCCCAACUACAGCACAAAACCAAGAAGAAACAAGUGAAGGCAAUAGAUCAGGAUGCCCAAGGAAUGAUGCCCCAACUAUGGCAGAAACGCAAGAGGAAUCAACUGAAGGCAAUGGUUCAGAAUGCCCUAGUAAUGAUGCCCCAAAUACAGCAGAAAAGGAAGAGGAAUCAACUGAAGACAAUGAAUCAGAAUUCCCGAGGACUGAUUCCCCACCUACUGCAGAAAAUCAACAGGAAUCAACUGAAGACAAUAGAUCAGAGUGUCCUGCCAGAAAUGAUGGGUUUUAUCUCUUGAAGCAUUCUUCUGAAGGAAAAAGGCAGUACUCUGGUUACAUCAAACGGCAAAAUUUCUGUGUAUCUGCUGAAAAGGCAAGCAUAGAAGAGGAUAAAAACCUGCUUGUACACGAUAUGAGACAGUUGGACGCUGAUUCUCAUGCAGUAUUGGAGGCGAGUCCGAGAGAAGGCAUCUUUCAGAAUGCUUCUGGCGACCAACUCUCUGCAGAUUUACAUACUCCUGGAAAGUCAGCUAGUAUCAAAGAAGCCUCAUAUUCAGUUGUUAAAUCUAUCUCUAUAUGUCGCAAUAGACCUACCAUGAAAUGUUCCAUUCCUUCUUCUGCAAAUUGCAAUUCUGGAAGUGAAACACAUCAGGUCAGCUUGAAAUCAUCGGUUGAAAAAGAUUAUGCUGGUGGCUACAAGAUUGCCAGUGAAUUGGACAAAUUUACUCUGAAAGAAACUUGUUUGCCUGUUGAAGAUAAACCCAGUAGCUUGAGUGCCUCUGGAACCCUGCAAAGCAAAUUGAGCUCUCCACUAAUUACUUUUUAUCGAAGAUGCAAGCGGAAAAAAGAUGUGGAUGGGCUACAUAUGCAAAACACCUUGGGAGUUGCAGAGGAUUGUUCAUUGGAAUUUACAGGGUCAAAGUCAGCAGGCUUUGCAUCUGUUGGGGAAGCAACGCCUCCUGAAAGUGGUUCAAAACAUAUUUUAGUGAAUACGAACCCAUCGGAGGAGAAUCUUAACAGGAGGGUUGCCUUUGAUGCAAAUCAUGAAAAAAUGGCAAGCAGAGAAGUUGAAGAAUCAUAUACCUCUAGAUUAUCUCCUGAAAAUGCGAACAGCUUCGAGCAAGCAGAUGGCAAGCUGGAAAAUACACAGGACAACCAGUCUACAUUGGAAGUAUUUGCUCAGAAUUCUGUUGGGGUUGACUUCCUAGAAGGUCCUAUAGGUUGUUCAGGAAACUUAUCAAAUGAUUCGGCUGAUGACCUUUCUUGCAAACCAGUGUCAAAAUACUGUAAAAAUACUGUAGCUCAGGAAUCUCUAAGACUCAGUUGUCAAAAUACUGUAGCUCAUGAAUCUUUAAGAUUGUCCUAUGAUGAUCUGAGCACUGUAAGAAAAACCAAUGAGAUUCCUCGUGGCCAACAUGCUGCAGUAUCACUGGACUUAUCUGUACCUCUUCCUGAUUCUCAUGGUACAGAGGAGUGUGGUACAGCAUCUAUCCAUGAAGAACAGCCACUCUGUGGUUUGCUGAACUCACAAAGUGGAAGUCAUACUAUGCUUAUUAAAGAUGAGUCUCCAGGAAACAAACGCUUGGAGUUGCUCUGUGAGAGAGUUGGGGAAAAACAUCCACUUCACCAGGCACAGUUACCAGAAGAUGGUUUCCUUUCUGAGGAAGCUGUUGGUCACAAUUAUAAUAAUGUAGCAAAUUCUUCUCCAGUAGUUGGACUGAAAAACAACUGUCUACAGCUAUUUCCAGAGGAUAGAUCUGAUGAUAUGUUCCAAUCGAAGAAGACGCAUAAAAAUGUUACAGCUUGUGCUGAUUCUGAAGAAAGGACCGUUGGUCUGAUGGAGAGCAGGAGCCAGACGAGACUUUCGGCAACAAAAUCUUCACUCUUUCUUGGUUUAUUUCUGCCCAUGGAACUGAUAAAUGAUGGUCAUGAUCACAGUUCCACCUCAUCUCAGCGGCCUAAUGUUGGCAUUCAAUCAAAAGAAUUUGCUCAAGAUACAGUGCCUGAAUUUCCACAUCAGACAUCAUCCUAUAGAAGACACAAGAUGGUGCUAGAUAAUAUUGUCAGUAGAGCAAGAAUGCCGAAGCGAAAGAGAGGCAGCUGUCUAGAAUCGUAUGAUUCUCCAAGAAUGUGGUCAGAGGAAGAGCUAGAUUCUCUUUGGGUUGGCAUCAGGAGGUAUGGAAGAGGAAAUUGGGAUGUCAUGUUAAGGGAUCCGAGGCUGCACUUUUGUCCAUGGAGGACUCCCAAGGAACUUGCUGAGCAGUGGGAAGAGGAGCAAUCUAAGCUUUUCAAUACCAUGCCUACUGCCAGAGGGAGACAUUCGAGAACACCCAAUAUUUUCCAAGACAGUGUGGAUAGCUUUUGGCAUUCCAAGACUGGAAAAGAAAAUUUGGUGGAUGAUGUUCAACUUUCACUUGGAGAUGUAUAUUCCCAGCCAAAUGACAGUGUCCAGAAAAGACCACUCUUUAAUUAUUUCAAUGUGCAAACUAAUGCACCUUGGCAACUUCAAAAAGCUGCAACAAACACGAGGACCAUGUAUUCCUGCAGGGAAAACCGCAGGAGAGCUAUGCUUCAAAACAAUGCAAUGCUGGAUGUCGAAUGUUCUUUUGGUGCCAAUCAGUCAACUUGUAUGGCUAUCGGGGGAAAUUUGCCUCACUGGCUCAGAGAAGUAGUCUCAAUCCCUUUGAGAUCUCCUCAGACGGUUCUGCCGUCAGAUAACUCAUCUGUAGGUUCUGUUGAAAGGCAGUGGGUAAAGAAACCUUUUCUUGAUGCCACAGGAAUUCAUCAUGAGCCAAGUUAUCGAAUAAGCAACAAGCGCACCGUUGCAGAAAGAGUCGAGCAACAAGCAGGAGCUGGAGCUCAUAAUGGCAACUUCCCAUUUGUGUUAGAACAUAAUCAAGCUGAAGUGCAGAAUCCUGGUAUCAAACAGGACCUGAUCAUGAUUGACAGUGAUACCUCUUCAGAGGAGACUAUUUCUGAUGAUCAUAACGCCAAGGUUUAGCUGCAGAUUUAGUUUUUAGUAGAUUCAUGAUAAAAGUUAAGAAGAUCGAUGCUGGUCUGUACUCAUCUGUAGGGUUGAGGAAGGAUUCUGUAGUUUUCUUAAGCUAAAAAUUCUUUGAUUAUUAUUCAAUGUAGUUCUAAGUAAAUAAAAUCUUUGGUAGAGCAGCCAUUAACAAAAGAGCAGUGG